CUUCAGCAAGCUCAAGCAUUUUAUGCAUUUCCAUUUCCCCAAAUGAUGGCUGAAACUCCUAGUGUGGAAACCAUGAAUGAACAGCAAAUGUCAGCAGAAGUUCCAGUACCUGCUGCUGCUCAGGAGCUCGUAAAAGAGACUCCAAAAGGAAGAAAAAGAAAACCCAGGACAACAGAGCCGAAGAAGCCACUGGAGCCCAAAAAGCCUACCACCCCCAAAAAACCCGGCAAGUCCGCAAAAUCAAAGGAAAAACAAGAAAAAAUUACAGAUACGUUUAAAGUGAAAAGAAAGGUAGACCGCUUCAAUGGCGUCUCAGAAGCUGAGCUUUUGACCAAGACUCUCCCUGAUAUUUUGACUUUCAAUCUGGAUAUUGUGAUUAUUGGCAUAAACCCAGGACUCAUGGCUGCUUACAAAGGGCAUCAUUACCCUGGACCUGGAAACCAUUUUUGGAAGUGUCUGUUCAUGUCGGGGCUCAGUGAGGUCCAGCUGAAUCACAUGGAUGAUCACACUUUACCGGGGAAGUAUGGCAUUGGAUUCACCAAUAUGGUAGAAAGGACAACGCCGGGCAGCAAGGAUCUUUCCAGUAAAGAAUUUCGUGAAGGAGGACGUAUUCUAGUGCAGAAAUUACAGAAGUACCAGCCACGAAUAGCGGUGUUCAAUGGAAAAUGUAUUUAUGAAAUUUUUAGUAAAGAAGUUUUUGGUGUAAAGGUAAAGAACUUAGAAUUUGGACUUCAGCCCCAUAAGAUCCCAGACACAGAAACUCUGUGCUAUGUUAUGCCAUCAUCCAGUGCAAGAUGUGCUCAGUUUCCACGAGCCCAGGACAAGGUUCAUUACUACAUUAAACUGAAGGAUCUAAGAGAUCAGUUGAAAGGCAUUGAACGGAACACAGAUGUUCAGGAGGUGCAGUAUACGUUUGACUUACAGCUGGCCCAAGAGGAUGCCAAGAAGAUGGCUGUUAAGGAAGAAAAAUAUGAUCCAGGUUACGAAGCAGCAUACGGUGGUGCUUAUGGUGAAAAUGCAUGCAGCAGUGAGCCUUGCAGCUUCUCUGAGAAUGGGCUGACACCUGGCAGUGCCGAAUUGCCUGGAGCAUCAUCUUUGAGUGACAUUCCAAAUGGCCAGUGGAUGACCCAGUCGUUUACAGACCAGAUUCCUUCCUAUAAUAAUCCCUGUGGGACUCAAGCACAGGAAGAAGGAGACCAUGCUUAG